AUGCUUUUGGAGGAUCAGCGCUACAUUGCAGAGGACUUGGAGCGCCUCGAGCAAGGUAUCGCAGAUCGAAUCGGCGAAGAGCCCAAGUUUAUUCGCGAUCGUCUCAACAGAGACCAUGAGGUAUCUCAGCUUCUAGAUCAGAUCCAAAAGCAGUCCGCAGAGCUCCUCUCUCUGUACCGCGAUGCGAAUGGCCUGCGAUCAAAAGAGGUCCUAUCGAUCGGCUCCGGCGACCCUUUCGACCAGUUCUACAGACAGGUGAAUGAGGUCAAGGAACACCACGCGCGGUAUCCCAACGAGCAGGCUGAGAACUCCGAGAUUCGCUACAAGCCCAGGGCGGCGGGAGAUGGAGAGCCGGUCCCUUACAUUGUGGACUCCAUGUUCUCAGGAGAGGAGGCUUACGGACGAUUCUUCGAUCUACACAGCUGCCACGAGUCAUACGUCAAUCUGCCGAACGUCAAGCGUCUGCCGUACUUGCAAUACCUGGAAGUAUUUGAUAAUUUCGCCGCUGGAUAUGGAGGCCUGAAGCGUGGCGACAAGCUCACGGACCAGUACUUCAAAUAUGUCGGCGAGCUUGCAGAUUACCUAGAAUCUUUCAUGCGGAGGACGCGGCCCCUGGAGAACGUGGACAAGGUCUUGGAAUCUUUCGACAAGGAGUUUGACGCGGUUUGGCAAGACAACAAACUACCAGGCUGGGAAAAUGAAGCGACAGCACCCAAGACAAACGGAGCAAGCAGAGACCUCAGCACAGCCGAUGCCGUGUGGUGUGAGGCUUGCGAGAAGGAGUUCAAGAACGAGAAUGUCUACAAGGGACAUCUGUCAGGACGAAAGCACGUCAAGGCGGCAGAGCAACUAGAGCAGCGCCGGAAGGAUGCGGCCACGGCAAACGGCAGUUCAGAUGGCGUGGGCGCUACGAGGAGAUUGAAGGAGCGAGCUAUCGCCGAGCGCGAAUUCCGCGUGAAGCGUCUCGCAAGCGCGAUGAGCACAGAGAGAGAAGACACAAGAGUCAACGUCGAGAGGCGGCAGGGCAUGACGGAAAGGGAACGCCAGCAGGAGCUCGAGAACCUCUUCAGCAUGGCUGAGCAGGUUCCGCAGAACGAAAGCGCAGACACAGAGAUGGAGAAUGGGGAGGAGAAGAUUUACAAUCCUCUGAAACUACCCCUAGCAUGGGAUGGCAAACCUAUCCCCUUUUGGCUCUACCGACUUCACGGUUUGGGUGUGGAGUUUCCAUGCGAGAUCUGUGGAAACUUUGUCUACAACGGCAGGCGGUCAUUUGACAAGCACUUCAAUGAGGCACGGCAUAUCUAUGGUCUGAAGUGCUUGGGCAUCGACAACACGCAUCUUUUCAGAGACAUAACAAGUAUCGAAGAGGCGUUGAAGCUGUGGGACAAGAUCCAACGGGACAAGAAAAGGGGUAAGGUGGAUGAGGGUAGCAUCGUCCAGAUGGAAGAUGCUGAGGGCAAUGUCAUGCCGGAGAAAGUGUACUAUGAUCUUCAAAAGCAAGGUCUUCUGUAA